CCAGCAAGGGGGCAAGGAGGAAGCUCUUUGUAACCUAGCCGAAUCGAAGUUGAACUUACAGACAUCCUGCCAAAAUGAUUUCUUCAAAGCCCAGACUUGUUGUACCCUAUGGCCUCAAGACUCUGCUUGAGGGAGUUAGCAGAGCCAUCCUAAAAGCGCAUCCAGGGAACAUCACCCAGUUUGCAGCCCUUUAUUUUAAAGAACUUAUUAUGUUUAGAGAAGGGAAUACAUCUCUGGAUAUCAAAGAUCUGGUUAGACAAUUUCAUCAAACCAAAGUAGAGAAAUGGUCAGAGGGAACGAUGCAGAAUAAAGAAAAUAUGAAAGAACCAGGAAAAGCACCUGCAGUUUUCAACGGACCUACACGAAUGGAAAAAUCCACAAACACAGAGGAGGACAACGUAGCUGGACCACAAUUUAUCAACAAAACCACCCAGUUUCCAUCGGUUCAAGCUGAGGUCAUACAGCCCGAGGAGACAGCGGAAGGAGUUUGGGGUCCUACUUCCAAACCAACUACGCCUAAGACAACCACCCCACCUUCAUCGCCGCCUCCAGCACCUGCUCCCACAGAGGUUGCCUACGUCCCAGCUGACCCAGCUCAGUUUGCCACUCAGAUGUUAGGUAAUGUUCCAUCUACUCAUUCUGACGUUUUAAUGGUGGACGUGGCAACAAGUAUGCCUGCCAGCAACGAGGUACUGAGCGCAGAGAUCGAUGAAGAAAUCGUGGUGUCUGCUCCGGUGGUUGGUUCUGGAGAGAUGAUAAAGGUGCAGGUUAUGGGCCAGACAUCUUUGAAGGUAGAUAUAGGUCCUAAAGAGCAUGAGGCUGAAUCACCAGUGGCUUCCUUCACCCCCUUGCAGGAUGAACAACACCCUCCUGCAUAUUACGAUCAAGCUCCCGAGGCCCCAUUGCAGGCUGAUGUUCAGGUCACCUCAGCCCUUCGUAUAUCAUCCAUAUUUAACAAUAUGCCUGUCACCGAAGGAGUUGUCUAUGUUGAGCAGAUACCAGGACACAUAGUUAUCCCUCUUACUGAUCAAGUUGCUUGUCUUAAUGAAAAUGAGCAGUCACCACCAGUUAGUCCCACACCUGUAGUGCCCAAGACUGCCUCAGGCAAAUCUAAAGUAUCUGUAGAUUCUGUGAAACUUGUACAGUUGGAGGAGAAUGCACAAAACCGGUCCUCACUACAUAUGGAGGCAGAAGCUAUAGUUCUGCUCUCUAACCCUGCUUUAGUCGGCCAUCCCGAGGUGCCAACAGAACCCCUGGAUGCAGAGAGCUUUAUCAGAAUAGCCUCUGAGAACGCUCUGCACCUUGAAGUGGAGGUCGUUGCCACAGACCCUGACAACCCUGGGCAGGAGUCGGGGGAGAAUGCUGCACCCCAACCACCUGGUGGUUCCUUCCCUCCUGAGCCGGAAGGCUUUACUGAACCUGAAAUCCAAGCAGAAGGGGAAGCUGCACCUGAACAGGUUUGAUGAAGCCAGCACUAGCAACAAGCGAAGCAGGACAGCCACCACCAUAUUCUAACAUGUGGACACUUUACUGUCUAACUGAUAUGAACCAACAAAGCCGCCCAUCACCGCCACCUGUACCUGGGCCUUUCCCCCAAGCAAC